AUGGAGGAUUGUAGGUUGCGCUCGAAUAGAACUCAUACCCCUGAGAUGCCGUUGUACUCCCAGGGCUGCACGGGCUAUUAUGGAGGGGCACCGAUCUAUCUCGAUACGGUCUCUGACUCAUUGUCUAUAAAAGGAACGUACCUGAACAACACGAAUUACUUCAACCACAGCCAGGGUGGCGCUAUUUUCAUCGGCACGGUGGGCGCCAAACGGGCCCAAAUCCAGGGCCUUUUCAGGGGCAGCUCGGCUCGCGAGGACGGGGCGAUCGUCAUUAACAAGAUUACAGGGGGUGACCUCAUGCGCAUUACGGGUGUGUUCCACACUAAUGCGGCAGAGGACAUCUACGGGUACUGUGGCAGUCAUGGGGGGGGCAUUACGGUGAGAAAGGUGGAGAAUGCGUCGACUCUGAUCAUAAACGGUACGUUUGGUAUAGCUCUUGGUAGGUUUUUGAUAUCGGAGGGUACGUUUCUUGUAUCUGAUGGUAUGGCUUUAAUAUCUGAGAGUAUGUUUUGA